CCAUGAGGGCACAUUGGCUGCAACUCAUUCGCCUCGGUCUCUUUUUACCUCUAUGGUCCACUGAAAGAAGUGUUUGAGGUUUGGCAGAACAAAAGCAGCCGUCAAAUAGUGUGUACAUGCUGUAAUUUAACGUGCACCCCAAUCAAACGUAUUUUGUUAUACCGUAUACAAAUUCGAAGUUGGAAGAAAAAAAAUCGCUUCCUUUCUUUAACCAUGCUUUAACUGAAGCGUGUUAGGGGGCCUGAUUGUUCAUUCAAGAUGUCUGCACCCAAUGUGAGUCAGAAUUUCCCUCAAUUGAAGAAUGAUCUGAUAUUACGAGCAGCAAGAGGUGAAAAAACAGAAAAGACGCCAGUAUGGGUGAUGAGACAAGCGGGCAGAUACUUGCCAGAAUUUAAAGAGAUGAGAGCAGAGAAUGAAUUUUUCCAUGUGUGCCAGACUCCAUCAUUGGCAUGUGAAGUAACACUGCAGCCAAUAAAAAGAUUUGACUUGGAUGCUGCUAUCAUAUUCUCGGACAUUCUUGUUAUACCACAAGCAUUGGGACUUGAAGUGCAAAUGAUUCCUGGCAAGGGGCCAACAUUUGAUGAUCCAAUCACGAAAGUGUCUGACCUUGGGAGACUGAAGAAGAAUGUUGAUGUCAACGAGAGUUUAGGUUAUGUAUUUGAGGCUAUUUCACUCACACGCCAUAAAUUGGAAGGAAAAGUGCCUCUAAUUGGCUUUGCAGGGUCACCAUGGACUUUAAUGUCUUAUAGUAUAGAGGGCGGUGGAUCCACAACGUUUUCCUCAUCUAAGGCAUGGCUGUAUCAGAAUGUUGAUGCUAGUCAUCAGUUUCUUCAGUUAAUAACCGAUGUGACCGUGGACUUUCUAGUGGGUCAAGUGCUGGCAGGUGCACAGAUAAUCUUUGCUAAAGGUGCUCAUUAUGCAUUGAGUGAAUUGUCCCAGAGUAACUAUGACGUUGUUAGUAUAGACUGGACUGUGAAACCUAAGUGUGCUAGACAAGAAGUAGCAGAUAGAGUAUCUCUACAAGGCAAUCUUGAUCCAUGUGCUAUCCAUUCUAGUAAGGAAGAAAUCAGUAACUCUGUGAAGAAGAUGAUAUCAGAGUUUGGCACCCAGAAAUAUAUCGCUAAUCUCGGCCAUGGGAUUUAUCCGACCGCUGAUCCUGAACAUGUUGAAGCGUUCGUUAACGCUGUACAUAAACAUUCCUUGGAAAUGAAUGCCACUUAAAGCAGAUUUGCGCGGUUUAAUGCGUGAUUCAAGUUCUAUGCAGGGUUGGGAUAAUUAUAACACAGAGUUGCAUGUAUCACAUGAGGGUAUCACACGAGUGACGCUAGAAUUUAAUAUUUAUUAAAUCAGUGUAUUAAGUUUUCAUUUGCCUCAAGCAAGGAAAAAAAUCACUAUACAAGUUUAGUAUUAAAAUCUGGUAUUGCAGUGUUUCUCGUAUAUCUGCUGCCUCGCUUUUAAAUGCAAAAGACUAACGUGGGAAACUUAAUUUUUGAGCUUGUAUUCAAGACUUCAUAGUGUGCUGUCUUUGCAUAGAUGAACACUGCUCAAUGAACACACUAUUGUUACUAGUUCAGUUUACCCUCAGAUGAUUACUAUCAGCACAACAAACCUAUUCCUUUUAUUUAAUAAAUUUCAAUUGCAGUUGAAUCAGCCAUUCAAUGAACAUGGUGCACUAGAAAUCUCAUUUCAGUUUGAAAUGUGAAAUUUAUAAAUGUUUAUAUAAAUGAAGAGACUGGGUUAGUUGUGUCGAUAGUCAAAAUUGUGUUCAUUUUAGUUUCUGGAGAUUAACAUGAAUUUUGGACUACAUUUGUGUAAAUUCAAUGUAUGACUUUACAAAUUUUGUAGGAAUCAGCUGGGACAGUGGAAAAACAAACUUGAGAGCAUAGACGAGUUGAUGUUGAGAGAAUUAGAAAUGGUGCUUCACUUAUAUGCAGCUUCAUGACAUUAACACGUUUUAACAGAUGUCUGAAAUAAAAAUUACUAUACUUCCUAACAAACCAUGAAAUGUUGAUUUAUUUUGCGAUUACGACCACAUUGUCAAAAGUAACCAGAAUACAAGGAUUGCAUAUUAUGGACAUUCAGAAAAUCAUUACGUUGCGUUACAACACUGCCAUGUAUAAUUAUCACCUGUGCCUUUUUCAGAAUCAAAGUAGCAUUCAUGAUGACAACAUUUUGCCAAAUAACCAUUAAAUAACAAUGAGGAUUCAAGAAAUCAUUUGGAAUUCAUUUAGACAAUAAUACUCUCAAUAGGAGGAAUAACUGAUAAAGCUGUUGAGGGUUGUUUUCCCGAAAGCUUUAGACUAUAGUCUAAUGGGUAUCCCAAUACUUACCCCUUAGCUACCCCAUUACUCUGUCAUUAGUGAGUUCUCUGUGCUUUUCAUGUUGCACAAGCACUCGUAUAAAACAAAAUGUGGUAUGAAAAUUUUCAUAGUAAUGAUUUCUAAGUUUAUACAACUGAUAUUAAUGCGAUAAAGAUCUUGUUUAAAAAAAUCAUGCAAAUUGUGAAAUGAGUAUAAUAUUGUUAAGAUAGUAACAAUUAUUUCAAUCUGCACCUAGUGAAUACAUUAACUUGUGAAGACUUUGUCUGUGAAUAAAAUUGUUUUCCAGACAGUCCUCUAAAAAGAGGUGUUAAUGGAAUUUUUGUGAAUGUAUGGUCUGGCAAUAUUGAAAGCUGUUAAAAAAAUUUUAGCCGAGAAGUUUUGGAAUUUGUCAGUUAUACUAAAUAAAUUAACCUUAUUAAACA